AUGGAAACGCAAACAGCCGCCAGGCCGUCCAUGCACGGGAAGACGGGCUCGUCGGGUUCAAUAAAGUACAGUCUCCCAGGAUCGCCUACACUCACAAAUCCAGACAUGAUAUUGCCCGACUACGACGACCCGAUGUCCCCCGACCGAUCCAGCUCGCCCUUGACUAUGUGGAAGAAUAGCCAGUUCGACUUGAAUAAUGGACAUAUGUACAAUACGGGUUCAGCCACUCCAACCACGCCAAUCAUUUACGGAAAUGGCACAAUGUUGUCAGAUAUUGGCGAGGUUACCGAGGCGGAGAGUACAAUUGGCCCUGCCAAAUCAAGGAUCAACUACCACAACAACUUUGCGGUAAAGCACCCGUCCAAUGCCUUUGCAUACGAGGCAAUGAAGAAAAAGAAACCGGAUCAAAGAGCACGGGAUCGCGAACGGCGUCUCUCACUGGAAUCGGGCAGCACAAUAACAAAUGGCGAUCAACCUGGGAGACUUCUCGAUUUUGAUGAUUCUGUCAGUGUGGAUGAUAGCAACUUUCAGGGCGACGACGAAGACAGCGUCGCCGAGUCCUAUAUAUUUGAGGACAAUGGAGGCAGCCGGACCCCGCCUGCACGGGAAUUCGCAAAAGGCAUUGGGCCCGAUGCGGAGGAGCGGUACUCAACAGCAUUGAGCCGUAGAGCAGAGCAAAUUCUUGCCAAUGCUAAGCGGAGGUUGACGACCAUGGAAGGCAAUUUGCAUCGCGCUCGCUCGUCGUUGUCUGUCGAUUCGGGCUCGGAGCCUUCUCCGCCAUUCUCAAGGCCGGGAACCGCAAUACAUCGAGGCCCUGAAGUGGCACUUGCCAAAUCAUUCCUAGGCCAUAAUCGGAUCUCUAGCGAAAACAACAUCCAAAGUGAAUUUAAGCCUGCUACACUAUCUCCAAGGUCUUCAAGUGCACUAGGUGUAACAGGAAGUUACAGGCAACUCUUGCUCAGUUCUCGAAGCGUGGACUACAAGCGGGACAGCCCGCAACUCGACAAGCCUCUGGGGAACCCAGUCUAUGGAAAUACAACAUUUUCCAAGAGUAAAACAUCACUGCACGAUAGCAAGUAUACCUUCGAACCUCUAAGUGAGGAUGAAGCUGCGAAAGUUACAACGACACCACGACAAAGUCUUGAAAAUGCAAAAUUAAAUACUUUCUUAAGCCCCACGUUUGGCUCAUUUGACGACAAAGGUUUGAGGCGAUCCGCUUCGACUGCUCAGAUGAAGGACAUCAAAGACACCAUGCAAGAGCUGAAAGGACGGUUGUCGAGUCUGAGGGAUCAAGCUCGUGCAGAUAGCAUGAAACGACGGAGUAUGCAAAGUUUACGCAACUCCAGCCCGUUCACACAUGCAAGGGAGUUUAGCGAAGACAGCACGACGGAAUAUGUGGGCGGAAAGAGCAUGAAAGAGAUCAGGAAGUGGAACGAUGGAGUGGAAAGUUUGCACGAGAGCGACAUUGGCGAAAAGCUUGAAGAAGAAAUCGAUGACAACGUUUCGAUCAUCAGCGGGUCAAUCUACUCUCAACAAACAGCUUCACCCCGUACGAGUCCAACUCAAGAGGAUGAAGCAUCUAGCAGGACUCCAACGGAUGCGAGCUCGCUGAUUCAAGUUGCUGAUAUCGGGCAAGGCCUAGAUGACCAGGAUGAUAUGAAGACCGAGGAUGGAUAUAUCGAUGACGAUGAUCAUUCCGAAUUUCAGGAUAUCGUUAGUGAAAGCGGCGAGUCAGAUUAUCAUGACACUGUACAGAACCAACUUUCCCACGAAGACCGAGAGGAUGCAUUUGAUUAUGAGCACUUUUUCCUGCAUAGCGCAAUGGGAAGCAUGAGCCAGAAGAAGUUGAGAAAAAGAGCCAGCCAGGACAGCUUUAGCUCUGAGGACUCGGCAGAGACGACCAGAGGCCCAACAACGAACGGCGAAUAUCGACGACAGAGUAGAAGAGGAAGCAAUGCUUCCUUGUCUUCCGUGGACUCGUUCCUUACUGCCACUGAAGGUAGAACCACUCGAGCAGACAACGACAUUAUGGAGUACUUUCCAGAGCAGGUGAUCAUGCAGAUGGACGCACUACCAGAAAGGGCGGGCUCACACACACCAGAUACGGCACAACGCGCAACGUUUGACCUGGGCAGACCCAGUUCCAACUUGGAUCAUGCUCAACCUCGUGCCUCGAUCGUUCAGCGACCAUCUAGCAGUGCCGCAACCUUCACCCACCGGCCAUCGGUAUCAUCAAUGGGAUCGACCGGUACAAACAGGAGUUUCCCCUUAAUCAACAAACCCAAAGUCUCGAACGGUAUCCUGACGCCGCGCGACUCACCAGAUCAAGGGUUGAAGAAGAUAUCGGAAUCCCUCAUGAGCGACGCAGCAAGCAUAUGCGAAAGUGCCAAUCUUGGCGAAAAACCCAUUGGUAUGCUUGCAAAAGAAGACCAAAUUUUGGUCGAACGACUUGUUGCCAGCUUGGGCAAAUGCGUGCUCGGCUUGACUGAGAACGGACGUGCAAGCACUGAAGCCCGGCAGUUUAGAAGAAGAAUCGAGACUGCCAGGCAAACAUUAGAAGGGCUUGAUCGAACCAUAUAA